AUGUCAUAUGAAAAGAUACUAUGUAUGGAACACAGCGCAGAGCGGGAGAUGCGAAUAACAGAGAGGAGCAAGAAAAAGAAGGGAUGUGGUAAAAAUUUUUUAUGUUAUGGCGAGCCAACCCCUGUAUCAGGUGCACUAGAAGAUGUUGGGACGAUUGCCGCGAUGUUGGCAGAGGUGAUGGCUGAGGAAACGGAGCGGUUGGAGCAGAAAAGAAUUCAAGAAAUGGAGCGUAGCCGGUCGCACUCCCCAAGAGAGAGGCGGAAUAUUCCAUCUUCACCAGCUCCUAAUGACACGAAUACCACUACCGCGGUUGUGGGGGGGCGGAGACCACCUUCCGGUGCGCUUGUGCGUUACAUACGGCCGACAUUGAGAUGCAGGCGUGAACGUCUCUUUGCGUACCACAUGGCGAAGAAGAUGCUGCAGCAAAAGCAAGAAGAGGAUGCCCGGCGGGCCGCACCCCUGUGUGAUUCAUCACGGGGAACAUCAGUGCUGCGGACGUCAUUCACGACCUCUACAACAGGAAGCAACAACUUGCCAUGUAUAGAAGGGGGCACAAGCACGACGCUCACGGAUGGGGAUCCAUGGGGAAAAGCUUCUCUGGCGGUGGGUGAUAACCUUGAGAAGUGUGUGUAUGAUGCGCUACACACGUUUGUGACUGACUACGAGCAGCGCUACGGUAGGCAACCUCGUGUUAGCACUGAGAAGGUGGAGUCCCCUUCGUUUUCAACGGGUUCUUCAACAGUCCAUGAUUUUAACAUGAAGGAUGAGGGGGAAAAGAAUAGGGAACAGCUCACAACGACUAUGGGAAGUCUCAUUGGGAAUGCAAAUGCUUUAUCUGGUGUAUUUAAAUUCCCGUUUCUACAAGAGACGAAAACAAAGGCGAAUGAGGGCGUUAAUGCUUCCGCUCCAUUUUUUUCAGCGGCGUUUACCAAUCCCGAAGCCUCUUUAACCAGAGGCACCAUGGGUGAUUCUACGGCCACCGGGUUCUCUUCACCUGAUAGGGCAUCACCGAAAGAGGACGGGGCAUCAGAGAAGCGACUAGCGGCGGAGCGGGAGCAGCGAACGGAGUCUGUGAAACGGCUUGUCAAGCUGACCUUGAAGCGGUUGAGUAAUCCUGGGCAUUGUAGAAAGUCUUCUCCCGGUCCUCAUUCUCACGACGGCCCGGCGGGUCUUCAAUCCAGUUUUUCCCCCAGCUGUCAUUCCGUUUUCGGCGGGUUGUGGGAUAUAACGCUCGACAAGCGAAUAGACUCGGCACCUCAUGGGGAUUUGAUUAAACUGGCAGGAAUUCUUUCUUGUCAUCCUGGGCUGCAGAAAUGCUCGGAGGCGGCGGCCCGAUUUGUUACGUAUGUGCUUAUGCGGUCGCUACCUGAGGAACUUUUUACGGGCGACCCAGAGGAUUAUUGUGUGCUGCGACGACGCGUUCACAAUGCUGUGAAGAACCGAUCCUCACCGGGCCCCAAAAUUGACUCAAGAAUGUCGUCGAGUGAGAAGGUGCCCCUUCCGCCCCGCAAGGCAUCGCCUAGACUGACGCGUUUGCGGUUUUCAUCAUCAUCGAAGAAGUCCGGGAAAAGUUGUAGUCUACUCUCAACUGCAAAUUCUGUAGGAUCAUCGGAUGAUGGAGAGCAGCGAGAUGACCGUUAUUUCCUACAUCGGGACACCUCGACGUGCCAGCAGGUGUUGCAAAGCGUUGCGUUACGCCAUGGUUAUUGGCUCUCCUCUACGGAGCGCAUGCUGCAGAGGCCGCCGUUUCAUGCUUGUGGUCUUCCUCUUCGCACAGCGCGUGACAUUGCCAUGUGGCAGCGACCGCCGUGUAGGGAACCGUUGGGUGGUGGUGGUGAUGGUGGUGCAACUUUUAACGCCACCGACACUACGAAAGACCCAUUUGCCGAUACGGCCCUCACUACUGCGACAUCCUCCAAACUAACUAAGACCACGUGCCAUCUUGAAGCGGAGGCUCGUCUUUUUGAAGGUAGCUUGCACGCAGAAAGCAGUGCAAUACUUAGGGACGAGGUGGUAGGGAAAAAUGGUGGCCGCCCCAAAACUAUUGCACCGUUGCUUAUCCUUGCACAUGGUGGGUACGGUGUGGCACCAUUCAGUGUCCCCGAUUCGUCAGGGGUUGGAAUGACGGUAGAAAAAGAGGUGGACUGUGAGGAGGGACAGGGUUAUCGGCGUCACCUGGCGAACAUGAACAAUAUGACUGAGGCGGAUCAAGACGCGUACCUCGCAACCUUCUUGUCUCCGGAUGACUUUUUGCACCCGGAACCCUCGUUGCUUCCCCUCUAUUCCGUUAUGCAAACGAUUUACUCCAGCGUGCGGCAGAAUCGUAAUAUCUACAUCGACGAUGCAACACACAAUAGUUUACCUAUUGUGCUAGAUCUCCUUAUGGAUGUAGUGGAGAGCUACGAAGAUUUUUUCCAGUCCAUCAUUGACACAUCUUUUGAGCCGGCUGGCAUGCGGUCGUUUUUUCUCCACACAUAUCGCGAGAUGAUUCUUAGCUGGGCUGCUAUUGUGGUGUGUGAGACAGCAAUCGAGUAUGCCACAGAGCGGGUGGCGGUUGGUCCUACCGGUAAAUCUUGGGUUACUUUGAUGGGAGCGGGUAGCUUUACGGAAGUACAACUGGAGAAGAUCGCCCUCUCGGGUUUGGUUCAACGGACCUUUCCGAGUAUGACACAGGUGACUUAUGACGAAAAUUUACUCGGAAAGACAAUUGAAAAGGUGCGGGAUGUAGUGCUUGGUACUAUAGUCCGUGUGAGGGGGGAGCUGUAUUAUCUCGUCACCGGCGUGGACAACCGCAGAUUGUUCAUGGAACAGUACCAAAAGAUGUUGAGGGAAGAGAAGGAAAUGCAGGCUGCGAUGCAAGCUGAAGUUGAGGAACAGAUGAAUGCUCGCCUUCCAGGGUGUUCAAAGACAGGUGGUGAAGCUCCUCCUCAACAGGAAAAGCCCGGGCUCGUGACUUUUCCGUUAAAUGAGAGUUCAUUAGUGAUGGCCCCAAAGCGGUGCGGAAGCGCCGCACCCGCGUCGUCAAGCAAUGCGAGUCAAUCGGACAAUACCACCGCUGAAAAGGUGAAAAGAAGCUUGCUUAGCACGCAAUCCGAGACUUCCGAUCGGACUCCAUGCGAGAGCACAGUGCUUUUGACAGGGCGGUGCGCCAAAGAACAAGGGACAUCUCGUGUUUCCACCCCUUUGAUUCGGCUACCGAGCAGGGAGCGCCGCCGACAGGAACGGCGCCGAACACAUCUCGAAACGCCAUCGACCGGUCGUCCAUCUUCUAGAAUGUGUUCUGAUCUACACACCGCACAUCCAUCGGAGGGUUACGUGUCUGAAUCACGUCUUCGCUCUUCAGUUGGUGGUAAUGCUCCCUAUUUCUCAAACACCGCCCGCACGGAGAGCCGUUCAAACCACUGGGACCACUUUUGGAGGAAGGGCCCACAGUGUGGAUUCUCCAGCGCAAGCGUUUCUCGGCGUCGUGCUAGGCGACAAGGUGGAUUUGCUGAUCUCCCUCAGGACCUGACGGUGCGUAAUGUUCGGCGGGAACUCGUUAGUUUGCACAUGCGCCGCAACGAACAGAGGAAGUCGAGUGGCUUGAAGGCGGGCGCCUCCAAACCGUAUGAUACACCGUGGGGGACAAAUGGCAAUGGCGCCUCUACACUGGGUUUAUCAUCAGUGUCUGUUGACCUUCACUCUCCUGUAGCAGACAUUGGACACUCCUUGUCUCCCGAGAGGAGUGGCGCAGGCGGCCAUUGGGCAAGUCGGUACGGUGUAGACAAACAGUUUAUGAUUUCACCACUUGCCGCUGUCGUCGGUGCCAGGCAGGCGCAAGUUGUGGAGCAAAUGCGAAGGGCGUUUCAGAAUACAGUCCAGUUUCAAGUUCACUUCCAGGAGACUUCCCACGGUGGGGAGAGUGGCGUCCCACGGGCCUUGCAUGAGUCACAGUGGUACGUCACCGGAAACAGCGAGUACUACGAGCGGCGCACCGUUGCGUUGAUUAGACGGUCCAGGCAAGUCGCCGCGUUUGAUCUCCGUCACCUGUCGCCCAUCACAACUCUCGGGAUGUGUGUGCAGCGGAGUAGCCGCGGUUUCCACCGUUACGACCCGCAGCCGCGGUCGCCGCAUGUCGACCACAAUAGUAUUCAGCCGAAAGACCUUCACUUAGGAAGAAAUAUUGUGCCGUGGACUCUCUAG